AUGGCUUUCUCCUUCAGUACCUUCUCAGCAACCCCUGCAUUUCUAUACAAAAAUAUUCGUCAUGCGUCCAAUGCUAAAACAAGGCUUAGACCCAUUAAUGCUACACUUGCAGAGAAGAAGACCAACGCCUUGCAGUAUAGGAAACUCGGGGACUCUGACCUUGAAAUUAGCGAAAUCACUAUUGGAACUAUGACAUUUGGAGAACAGAACACAGAGAAAGAAGCUCAUGAAAUGCUUAGCUAUUCAUUUGAUCAUGGCAUUAAUAUUCUUGACACUGCAGAAGCUUAUCCAGUACCAAUGAGAAAGGAGACACAAGGAAGAACAGAUCUCUAUGUUGGUAGCUGGUUGAAGUCUCGACCUCGUGAUAAGGUUAUUUUGGCUACAAAAGUAUGUGGUUAUUCAGAGAGAUCAAGUUAUAUUCGAGAAAAUGCCAAGGUUUUGAGGGUUGAUGCUGCUAAUAUUAAAGAAAGUGUGGAGAAAAGCCUCAAGCGCCUUGGCACUGAUUACAUCGACUUGUUGCAAAUCCACUGGCCAGAUCGCUAUGUACCAGUGUUUGGUGAGUUUUUGUAUGACUACUCAAAAUGGAGACCAAGUGUGCCAUUUGUGGAGCAACUGAAGGCCUUUCAAGAACUGAUUGAUGAAGGAAAGGUACGCUAUAUUGGCAUUUCAAAUGAGACUUCAUAUGGAGUCAUGGAGUUUGUUCAUGCAGCCAAAGUUGAAGGACUGCCAAAGAUCGUCAGUAUCCAAAAUAGUUAUAGUCUGCUAGCUAGGUGUCGUUUUGAAGUUGAUCUCGUUGAAGUCUGCCACCCAAAAAAUUGCAACAUUGGCUUACUUGCUUACUCUCCAUUGGGUGGUGGAACGCUGAGUGGAAAAUAUUUGGAUGCUAACUCUGAUGCUGCAAAAAAAGGAAGACUGAACCUCUUCCCUGGCUACAUGGAAAGAUACAAAUAUUCACUCUCCAGGGAAGCGACCAUACAGUAUAUUGAAUUGGCCAAGAAGCAUGGUUUAACUCCAGUCGAGCUUGCCCUUGGAUUCGUAAGAGAUCGUCCAUUUGUGACAAGUUCAAUCAUCGGUGCAACUUCUCUUGAGCAACUAAAAGAAGAUGUUGAUGCUAUUAUGACAGCUCCACGACCACUGCCAGCGGAAGUAACAGCAGAUAUUGAGACUAUUUUCAAGAGAUACAAAGAUCCGGCCAUCCUUUAA